AUGCCGCUCCACGGCUCCCUUCCCCUUGCAGAAAGGCUGGUGCACACGCUGGGAGUGAACCACGAGUAUCCACUGCACAAGUGGCCCCUGCACCUGGCCGUCAUCCGGGGAAAGCGCGAGAUUGUGGAGGCCUUGCUGGAGGCUGGGGCCUCGGUGGGCGCCAAGAACAUAGCGCGCUGGAAUGCUCUGGAUGAGGCCAUUGCCUUGGGCAAUGGGGAGCUGGUGCACCUGCUCUUCCUGCAGCUGCGGAAGGAGUGGAAGCAAGAGAAAGCCCAGAAGAAGGAGCGGCUCCUGGAGGUCUUGAAGGAGCUCCCCGAUUUCAGCAUGAAGGUGCUGAAAUGGGACCUGGGUUCUGGCAUGUUUGGCGUCAUCCUGCGCCAGUUUGCGCCGGACGACACCUACACCAUCACCAAGCUGGGCAGCCGGCUGCGCAUCGAUGGCAGCCUGAUGGGGCUGGACCGUGGGGCCGGGGGCGUGCUGCCGCGCUGGAGGCGGGGCGCCUUCUCCCUCCUCAUCGACGCGGAGCCCAGCCCGGCGCCGACCUUCUUCGCCAACCACGAGAAGGCGCGGUACGUGGACCUCUACAAGGAGCGCAAGGAAAGGAGGAAGAACGUGGACCGCGAGGUGGCGCUGCUCAUGGACCACGGUGGUGAAAAGGUGAAGAUGAGGACGACGGCGUCCGACUUCAGGCCGGUCAAGACCUGGCUGCAGCGGCCUGCCACUGCCGUGGUGGAUGGGUGGGACACGCAGGUGUUUGAGUGGACGGGGAAGAUGGCGGCGGUGUCGCGGCAAAAGGCUGCCGUCGAGAUACCCGGGGCCAGCACCUUUGAGGCCUACCUGGCAAUGGCCAUGCCAGACGAUGUCGUUGCGGAGACAGAGCUGGACCCCAGCUCCAAGCCGGAGAAGUCUCGGGUCUGGUUCAAACGAGCUGCGAGGGCUCGUGGCGAGGAGGCCGGCUCACUGCCGGCUGGAGAGGCGAAGCUGCGCGAGAUCACCACCCAGUGUUGGAUGGCAAAGGACUUCCCGCUGACGCUGCGGCAACUGCUGCCGCUGCUGGAGGCGCUGGGCGAGGCCAACCAGCACGUGGAGAGGGCUGCAGAGUUCAUGCACCGCUGGUCGGACCAAAACUUGUUCCCCGUCAAGGUCCAGAUCCCGCUCAUGUGGACUGUGUACCUCAGCAUGCGCUUCAAGCAGUUUGAGCUGCUGGGAGCCGACCAUCCAGCCCGGAAUGCGGGCUAUUUUCAGGUGCCGGCAGGGUACAAGGAAGUGACUGUGGCCGAGAUUAAGGAGGCGCGAGAGAGUGAGAAUCUGGAGUUUGCCCAUGGUCGCGGCGAGCUCCGUACGGUGCAGCGCCAUCGCAAGUACAAGACUGAGGCAUGCCGCAGCUAUGCCGCCACCGGCCACUGCCCCUACGGCUCACGCUGCCGCUUCAUCCACAAGUACGACGGCCCCCCCAGCACCGCCGGGGCAGGGACCAUGUCUGCCGCCCCGCAGACCGCCCGCUCGUCCCUGCCCAUCCUGGGCCAGGAACCCACCGGGGGGCCCCAGCCCCCACACGCCCUGGGCCUGGCCUCGGCGCCAGGCACCCCCACGGGCGCGCACCUGGCAACGCGCGCCGUGCGCAGGCAGGGGUCCGAGUGCGACGAGGCCAGCCGCAGGCUGCCCAUCUUUGCGCGCCUGGCCAAGGAGCAAUGA